AUGUUACAGGAUCAUAGAAAAUUAGAUUCGGCAAUUAUUAGCCAUAACAUCAAGGAACUUGUUAACAGCGAUGCCUCACUAAAAGUUAAUGUCAUACAAGCCCAUAUUGCCGAAAAAUACGGUUACAUGAUCUCAUACAAGAAAGCUUGGAUUGCAAAGAUUAAGGCAAUAAAAUCACUUUAUGAGAAUUGGGAGACGUCUUAG